UAAUUGAAAUAUACCACCAAUCGGAUCUGAGUUCAUAGUUAUUAGUUCAUUAACACAACCAUGGCAAAAUCCUCAACAUUCCCCAUAACUCUUCUAAUUUCUUUGAACCUUACUUUCCUCUCCAUAAUAUCCCUUACCACGGCCACUAAUUACUAUCAAAGCCUAUCUCCAACAAUGCUGGGUUUUCAAGAAGAGAAAUUCACUCACCUUCACUUUUACUUUCAUGACAUUGUGUCGGGACCAAAACCAAGCAUGGUAUUUAUAGCUGAGCCUAAUGGCAAGGUAAAAAAUGCGUUGCCAUUCGGGACGGUUGUGGCCAUGGACGAUCCAUUGACGGCUGGGCCCGAACGUGACUCGAAACUUGUGGGUAAGGCUCAAGGAAUUUACACUUCUAUAUCACAAGAGGAGAUGGGACUAAUGAUGGUGAUGACCAUGGCAUUCACUGAUGGACAUUUUAAUGGAAGCACACUUAGCAUAUUGGGUAGAAACAUGAUCAUGAGUGAACCUGUUAGAGAAAUGGCCAUAGUUGGUGGAACCGGGGCAUUUCGUUUCGUACGUGGAUAUGCUCAGGCUAAGUUUUAUUCGGUUGAUUAUACAAAAGGAGAUGCCGUUGUAGAAUAUGACAUAUUUGUGUUCCAUUAUUAGUUAGGCAUAGGUGCUUCAUAAAAGUAGAGAUUAUUUUACAUUUAUUAUUAUUUUGUUCUUGUCAAACUCUCACCCAAUGUGAAAGGCAAACCGAUGAAAUAAACAUUGUAAUACCACAUUGGUUAUUAAAUUCAGUAUACAUUGUUAAUUAUUGUCACUUUAA